ACGUGUCCAGCCAAGGCGCCCGACGCGCGCUCCGGGAUCGGCGCCUCCGGACACUCGGUGCCGCCAAGAUGCUGCGGGGCGCGUGCCGCGCGCUCCUGGUCUGCGGGCUCCUGGGGGCCCUCCGCGCCCAGCAGCAGGAGGUCAUCGCGCCCGCCCCCUCCGAGAGGAGCAACAGCUGCCCAGAGAAGGCCGACUGCCCGAUCAACGUGUACUUCGUGCUGGACACCUCGGAGAGCGUGGCCAUGCAGCCGCCCACGGACGGCCUGCUCUACCACAUGCAGCAGUUCGUGCCGCAGUUCAUCAGCCAGCUGCAGGACGAGGUCUACCUGGGCCAGGUGGCCCUGAGCUGGCGCUACGGCGGCCUGCACUUCUCGGACCAGGUGGAGGUGUUCAGCCCUCCGGGCAGCGACCGCGCGUCCUUCACGCGCAGCCUGCAGGGCAUCCGCUCGUUCCGCCGCGGCACCUUCACCGACUGCGCGCUCGCCAACAUGACGCAGCAGGUGCGCAGGCAGGGCGGCCGCGGCGCCGUGCACUUCGCCGUGGUCAUCACCGACGGCCACGUCACCGGCAGCCCGUGCGGCGGCGUCAAGCUGCAGGCCGAGCGCGCGCGCGAGGAGGGCAUCCGGCUCUUCGCCGUGGCCCCGAACCGCAACGCCAAGGAGCAGGGCCUGCGCGACAUCGCCAGCGCGCCGCUCGAGCUGUACCGCAGCGACUACGCCACGAUGCGGCCCGGGUCCACGGACAUCGACCAGGACACGAUCAACCGCAUCGUCAGGGUCAUGAAACACGAAGCCUACGGGGAGUGCUACAAGGUCAGCUGCCUGGAGAUCCCCGGGCCGCCGGGCCCCAAGGGCUACCGCGGACAGAAGGGCGCCAAGGGCAACAUGGGCGAGCCGGGAGAGCCCGGCCAGAAGGGCAGACAGGGAGACCCAGGCAUCGAAGGCCCCAUCGGAUUCCCAGGACCCAAGGGCGUUCCUGGCUUCAAAGGGGAGAAGGGUGAAUUUGGAGCCGAUGGUCGGAAGGGGUCUCCCGGCCUGGCUGGCAAGAACGGAACCGACGGACAGAAGGGCAAGCUGGGGCGCAUAGGCCCCCCAGGCUGCAAGGGGGACCCCGGGAGCAGGGGCCCCGACGGCUACCCAGGGGAGGCAGGGAGCCCGGGGGAGCGAGGAGACCAAGGUGCCAAGGGUGACGCCGGCCGCCCAGGACGCAGAGGGCCCCCGGGGGAGAGCGGGGCCAAAGGCAGCAAGGGUUACCAAGGCAACAACGGAUCCCCCGGAAGUCCCGGCGUGAAAGGAGCCAAGGGUGGGCCUGGGCCCCGCGGACCCAAGGGCGAGCCCGGGCGCAGGGGAGACCCCGGAGCCAAGGGCAGCCCGGGCAGCGAUGGAUCCAAGGGGGAGAAGGGGGACCCCGGCCCUGAGGGGCCCAGAGGCCUGGCCGGAGAGGUUGGCAACAAAGGAGCCAAGGGAGACCGGGGCUCUCCGGGACCCAGAGGCCCCCCGGGGGCUCUUGGGGAGCCUGGGAAGCAGGGAUCUCGGGGAGACCCCGGUGAUGCUGGGCCUCGCGGAGACUCGGGACUGCCUGGCCCCAAGGGAGACCCCGGCAGGCCCGGAUUCAGCUACCCGGGACCUCGAGGAACACCUGGAGAAAAAGGCGAGCCCGGCCCUCGUGGCCCCGAGGAGCGCGAGGAAGACUUUUGGGCGUUGAAAGGAAGACCCGGCAAGAAAGGAGACAAGGGCGAGCCUGCCGACCCCGGUCCCCCCGGUGAGCCAGGCCCUCGGGGGCCGAGAGGAGUCCCAGGACCCGAGGGCGAGCCCGGCCCCCCCGGAGACCCUGGCCUCACGGAAUGUGACGUCAUGACCUACGUGAGAGAGACCUGCGGCUGCUGCGACUGCGAGAAGCGCUGUGGCGCCCUGGACGUGGUCUUCGUCAUCGACAGCUCCGAGAGCAUCGGCUACACCAACUUCACGCUGGAGAAGAACUUCGUCAUCAACGUGGUCAACAGGCUGGGGGCCAUCGCCAAGGACCCCAAGUCGGAGACGGGCACGCGCGUGGGCGUGGUGCAGUACAGCCACGAGGGCACCUUCGAGGCCAUCCAGCUGGACGACGCGCGCAUCGACUCGCUGUCCAGCUUCAAGGAGGCCGUCAAGAACCUCGAGUGGAUUGCAGGCGGCACCUGGACGCCCUCGGCCCUCAAGUUCGCCUACGACCGGCUCAUCAAGGAGAGCCGGCGACAGAAGACCCGCGUGUUCGCCGUGGUCAUCACGGACGGGCGCCACGACCCGCGCGACGACGACCUCAACCUGCGGGCGCUGUGCGACCGCGACGUCACGGUGACGGCUAUCGGCAUCGGCGACAUGUUCCACGAGCGUCACGAGAACGAGAACCUCAAGUCCAUCGCCUGCGACCAGCCGCAGCAGGUGCGCAACAUGACGCUCUUCUCCGACCUGGUGGCCGAGAAGUUCAUCGACGACAUGGAGGACGUGCUCUGCCCGGACCCGCAGAUGGUGUGCCCUGACCUCCCCUGCCAAACAGAGCUGUACGUGGCGCAGUGCACGCAGCGGCCCGUGGACAUCGUCUUCCUGCUGGACGGCUCCGAGCGGCUGGGCGAGCAGAACUUCCACAAGGCGCGGCGCUUCGUGGAGGAGGCCUCCCGGCGGCUGACGCUGGCCCGCCGGGACGACGACCCCCUGCACGCCCGCGUGGCGCUGCUGCAGUUCGGCGGCCAGGGCGAGCAGCAGGUGGCCUUCCCGCUGACCUCCAACCUGACCGCCAUCCACGAGGGCCUGGAGGGCGCCCGCUACCUGGACUCCUUCUCCCACGUGGGCGCGGGCAUCGUGCACGCCAUCAACAACGUGGUGCGCAGCCCGCGGGGCGGGGCCCGCCGGCACGCCGAGCUGUCCUUCGUGUUCCUCACGGACGGCGUCACGGGCAACGGCAGCCUGGAGGAGGCGGUGCACUCCAUGCGCAAGCAGAACGUGGUGCCCACCGUGGUGGCCGUGGGCGGCGACGUGGACAUGGACGUGCUCACCACCCUCAGCCUGGGCGACCGCGCCGCCAUCUUCCGCGAGAAGGACUACGACAGCCUGGUGCAGCCCGGCUUCUUCGACAGGUUCAUCCGGUGGAUCUGUUAGCGCCGGCCCGCCCACUGCCCGCGCGCCGGGCCCGCCACCCGGCAGCCGGGUCCUGAGCCCACCCCCUCCCGGCCACGGUGCUAACCAGACCCCUGCCCGGCGGCCCGGCCGGGCUGCAGACUCAGGGUCCGCCCGCGCGCCCGGGGCUCCUCGCGGCGUGGGCGCAGGCCGCGCUGGGCCGGAAGCCGGGGGAGCGCACGGCCCGCGGCCCCCAGCAGCCUAGCUGCCGCCCAGCCUCUCCUCCCCACCUGCCCGCCUGCCCCGGCUCCCCACGCCACAGCCCCCAGCCCUCCGCAGGCCCCUGGGCCUCCCGUGGCACCCAGUGUCCACCUGUGGCCUUUUGGAAGGUCCCCUGCCAGCCCCACCUGCCCGCCCCGGGCUCUCCUCACCUGCCCCGCCCCGAGCCCCCGCAGCGGCCCUGGGACCCUGCCGGGCACAGGCCUCUUGGUCCAAUAAAGGCUUUGAACCCA